AAUCAGGAGCAUUGUUUGUGGUGGGUGCCGGCUCCGGCGGCGGCUGCUGGUGGUGGUGUCGGUGGCGCCGCGUCUGCUGUCCGCCGCCAACCCACCCCUUCCCCUCCCGGCUCCCCGCGCCGCCCUCCGCUCGGCCUGAGGGGCCUCGAACUCCACACGCGAACACCCCGUCAGAUGAUUGGCAGGGACGUGCCCGUUCCACGACUGGGCUCCGGCAGGUCCCUGGAGGGGGAUGGCACGCCGCGGCCAUCCAUGUUCCACCGAGGGGGCUUCUGGUGAAAAAGCACCCUGGCUUUCCCCCUUACCCUCCUCGCGGGCUGGCGAACCGACUCCCCCUCCAUCUGUCUGUCUCUCCCCUCCUCUUGACAAGUCGGGGAGGGAGUGGGAACACGCUACCUCAGGAUGGACCGUAUGACAGAGGACGCCCUGCGCCUGAAUCUCUUGAAGCGGAGCCUGGACCAAGCCGACGAGCGGGAUGACGUCCUGGCCAAGAGGCUGAAGAUGGAAGGGCAUGAGGCCAUGGAGCGCCUCAAGAUGCUGGCGCUGCUCAAGAGGAAGGACCUGGCAGGCAUCGAGGUGCCCCAUGAGCUGCCCGUCAAGCAGGACGGCCUGAAGGUCUAUGAGGAGAAGCUGAAUGGGAACAUGAGGCCCCACACGGACAGCCGGUCUUCGGGGAGGCCAGGGAAGGAAAACAUCAAUGAGGAGCCAGUGGACAUGAGUGCAAAGAGAAGCAGUGACCAGGACAGGGGACGGCUCACCCCCUCGCCAGACAUCAUUGUCCUUUCUGAUAAUGAGGCCUCCAGUCCCCGUUCCAGUUCCCGCAUGGAAGAGAGGCUCAAGGCUGCCAAUCUGGAAAUGUUCAAGGGCAAAGGCAUUGAGGAGAGGCAGCAGCUCAUCAAACAGCUGCGGGACGAGCUGCGGCUGGAGGAGGCCCGGCUGGUGCUGCUGAAGAAGCUACGGCAGAGCCAGCUGCAGAAGGAGAACGUGGUGCAAAAGACUCCGGUUGUCCAAAACGCAGCAUCUAUUGUCCAGCCAUCUCCUGCCCAUGUCGGACAGCAGGCUCUGUCCAAACUUCCCUCCCGGCCUGGAGCUCAAGGGGUUGAGCCCCAAAACCUCCGAACAUUACAGGGUCACAGCGUCAUCCGGUCCGCCACCAACACGACUCUCCCCCACAUGCUUAUGUCGCAGCGCGUCAUCGCACCAAACCCCUCCCAGCUCCAAGGGCAACGUGUCCCUCCGAAACCGGGCCUCAUCCGCACCACCACUCCGAGCAUGAGCCCCGCCAUCAGCUACCAGCCACAGUCCAGCUCGGCCGUCCCCUGCCAGCGCACCACGUCGUCCGCCAUCUACAUGAACCUUGCCUCCCACAUCCAGCCGGGCACGGUGAACCGGGUGUCGUCGCCCCUGCCCAGCCCCAGCGCGCUCAACGACGCCGCCAACUCCCAGGCGGCCGCCAAGCUCGCAUUGCGCAAGCAACUGGAAAAGACCCUCCUGGAGAUCCCACCCCCCAAACCGCCCGCCCCUUUGCUCCACUUCCUGCCCAGCGCAGCCAACAGCGAGUUCAUCUACAUGGUGGGGCUGGAGGAGGUGGUGCAGAGCGUCAUUGACAGCCAAGGCAAAGGUUGCGCUUCCCUCUUGCGAGUGGAGCCCUUUGUUUGCGCCCAGUGCCGCACGGACUUCACCCCGCACUGGAAGCAGGAGAAGAACGGCAAGAUCCUGUGUGAGCAGUGCAUGACCUCCAACCAGAAGAAGGCGCUAAAGGCUGAGCACACCAACCGGCUGAAGAACGCCUUUGUCAAAGCUCUGCAGCAAGAGCAGGAGAUAGAGCAGCGGUUGCAGCAGCAGGCAGCGUUGUCCCCCACCGCCACUCCCGCCAGCGUGUCCAGCGUUAGCAAACAGGAGAGCAUCAUGCGACAUCACACACUCCGUCAGGCGCCGCAACCCCAGAGCACCCUGCAGCGUGGCAUCCCCACCUCGGCCCGCUCCAUGCUGUCCAACUUUGCGCAGGCCCCGCAGCUUUCUGUGGCGGGAGGCCUUCUCGGCAUGCCAGGUGUCAACAUCGCCUACCUGAACGCCGGGAUCGGGGGCCACAAAGCGUCGAGCCUGGCGGACCGGCAGCGGGAGUACCUUUUAGAUAUGAUCCCGCCACGCUCUAUAUCGCAGUCCAUCAGCGGGCAGAAAUAACGCCAGCUAUGCCCCCCCUCCCCACCCUUUCCCCCCCACCACCUGCCCCCCCCCAUCCGUCGCAUGCAGUGCCUGUACUGGUGCCUACCAUAUGUGGAGGAAAAGACAAAAGACGAAAAAAGACAAAAAAGAAGACGACAAAAAAAAAACCCACAAAAAAUGAGAAAAAAAAGACAAGAACGUUUAAAAAAAAAAAAAACACUUCAGUGACCUGCCCUCUUCCGGAACCAACUCUCCCUCCUGCUUCUCUUCUCAUCUCCGGAUUUUGUUUGCGGGGAGAGGCCAGGCGCACCCAUCCCUCCUCCCUCCCUCCUUCGCUCCGUUCCCGAGGUCAGAACGCGUCUGCUUGGAUCCUGCACUAUACACUAUGUUAAUGCUUUGUUUUACGCUCCCUUUUAUUUUAUUUUUAAAUUUGUAAUGAUAACGCGUAGAAUUUUUAAACUUGUUGUGUUCUUAUUUUUAUUUCCCUUUGGCUUAAAACGGACGGCUGA